AUGGGUUUCCAGAUCAAGCAACUCUGGUCAGCGCCAGAGAUCAACCCAUACAACAAGAAGGCAAAGUCGAUCCCCGUCUUCAACCCCGUCAACAAAUACGGCCGCGUGUUCUUCUUUAGUUAUCUCGGUUUCUUCAUUGCGUUCUGGUCAUGGUACGCAUUUCCGCCUCUGCUCAGUAUCAGCAUCAAGAAGGAUAUGCACCUGUCUCAAAAUGAGGUCGCCAACUCCAACAUCAUUGCACUGACUGCGACACUGCUCGUGCGAGCCAUUGCCGGCCCCAUGUGCGAUACCAUUGGUCCGCGCAAGACGUUUGCUGCACUGCUGUUUAUGGGUGCGAUCCCUACAGCGCUCGCAGGCACUGCAAAGAACGCCAUGGGUCUUUACUUCAUUCGCUUCUUCGUCGGCAUCCUCGGCGGCACAUUUGUUCCUUGCCAGGUCUGGACCACCGGCUUCUUCGACAGGAACAUUGUUGGAACUGCAAACGCGCUCGUUGGCGGCUGGGGCAACUCUGGUGGCGGUAUCACUUACUUUGUUAUGCCUGCCAUUUACGACUCACUUCGCCUGGAACGUGGCCUCUCUUCUCACGUCGCAUGGCGUGUAUCCUUCAUCGUCCCAUUCAUUCUCAUCACUCUCACCGCUACUGGCCUUCUUUUUCUUACUGACGACACACCCACCGGCUCUUGGGCAGACCGUGGUGCCGCUGUCGUCCAUGGUACUCAAAAUGCCAGUGUCGUUCCCACCACUGGUGGCAUCAUGGACAAGCCUGCUGCAGCUACAGCUUCCAUCUCUUCCUCUGACGAGAAGAAGAAUGUACCUGAGCGCGAUGUCGAGUCGGCCUCCACUUCUGACAAUGGCCAAAUGCUCGACGAGGUUCAGCAUGAAGUCAUCGUCAAGCCUACUCUCAAGGAAGCCAUGAAAGUCCUCGUCUCUCCUCAGACCAUCAUGCUGUGCGCUGGAUACUUCUGCUCCUUCGGUGGUGAGCUCGCCAUCAACUCGAUCCUUGGCUCCUACUAUCUCAAGAACUUUCCCUACCUCGGUCAGACCCAGUCUGGUCGCUGGGCAGCCAUGUUCGGCCUCCUCAACGUCAUCACCCGCCCGCUCGGUGGCUUCAUUGGUGAUCUGAUCUACAAGUACAGCAACGGCAGCCUGUGGGCCAAGAAGUUCUGGAUCCACUUCGUUGGCGUCAUGAGCGGUAUCUUCCUCAUCGUUAUCGGCAAGCUCAACCCUCACGAUCUCGACACUAUGAUUGGUCUCGUUGCGCUGAUGGCCAUCUUUAUGGAAGCUGGUAACGGCGCCAACUUUGCGCUCGUGCCUCACAUCCACCCGCACGCCAACGGUAUCUUGUCUGGUAUUGUUGGUGCGACGGGCAACUUUGGUGGUAUCAUAUUUGCCAUCAUCUUCCGCUACCACCCUGGCCAGUAUGCGCGUGUGUUCUGGAUUAUGGGAUGCAUGAUCAUCGGGCUGAACCUUUGCUUGGCUUGGGUCAGACCUAUCCCCAAGGGCCAGAUUGGCGGUCGCUGA